CGGUAGAAACGGUUGACGGUACUCGAAAUCGAAGCGAAGGUAUUUUAUAAUUAAUUUCGUCCCUCCCUUUCGUCUAUACGAUGGCAAGGAGGGGUGGCGUUUCUCAUAGUUAGCCCGCUUAGAUAUUUUGUACCGGUGUAGAAAAGAGAGAACGUUAAAGAGAAAUUUGCGUGCAACUGCGAUGACAAGGUUAUUUCCGUCUCUGAGCCAUUCACUUUGUUCAAUUGCUGCUUCUGCUUCACUCAUCGUCGACGCGUGAUGGAUGAGUAGCUAGGAAUCGUACUGAGACCGUGGAUUCAUGAGAGCGAACGAACAAGGUGAGGAAGAAAUUUACGAACACCAUAAACGAUGUAUAGUUACCAUUGAAGAGGAACGAAAGAACGACAGGAUAAAGAUGACGCGAGAACGAGAAUCUCGUGACGGCUAUCCACGCUGGCGCAAUUCCACAUCGUUGGCCUACGAAACGAAGACUACGAAUCGAAAAUUUCCAGCAUAUACCGAAAGAAAACGGUUGAAGUAGUAGUAGUUGAAAAGUCAACGAUUCUUUCUAUUAAAAAGAAAAAAGUAAAAAAGAGAUGUUAAAAACUGAGCGGAUACACAAAGGUCGAGGCGAGGGGUCAAGUCAAGGACUAAACAAACCAAGUUCGCGUCACAACGCUUGGAAAUACUCAAAACGAACAAACCAGAAAUCAUGGUAGCCCUCGUGUGAGCGCUCUUCUGAUAAACGAAGGACGAUUUUUCGGCUCAAUAAUACUGAACUUUUUCAGCAACACUGAGCACCGAAAAGUACAGCUCGACGCGUUAACGGUCGAACGUAAUAUUCGAUUAAAUGGUACAUCCGACAUAACGAUAAUAAUACGAGCUUAGAUGUUUAAGUAUAGUUGAUAUAAAUAUCGAAUAUAAAGGAGAAUGGAAAGGCGAGUUACAAAAACUAUGCGGUUUGCGUGUUGCUGAUGAAAGAGCAGGCAGAUCGAAUACGAGAAAAGGAUCGUAGGAUAAUCGAAUGGAAAGGAAGACGAAACGAAACGAACGAUACGAUUAAAGUGCACAGUGAGGGUUAUACGAAUAAAUCGGUCUCGUGCCAAGAACGAGACGAGAGUAUAAAAGUUCGUUCGGUGAGUCGUCGGGGCUCGACGAGAAGGACACCUUUGUUACAUAUUCCUUUCUGUUUUCGCGAAUAAUAAUAAAAAUCGCGUCAACGACUCGUCGUCGUAUAGUGAAAAUAGUGGAUCCCUCAGGGUCUCGGAUGGAUCGAUUCGCGAAUGCAUAAUACGCAUAAUUAAGUUCAUACAUGAAGUAAAGUAAAAAAGAAAUGAAAAAAGGGGGGCCGCUGUUUGACAGCUGAGCUAAACGACAUUUAGCAGCCCCUAUGUGCCGGCGCGUGCAAUAUUAAUUAGGAUUAUAUUUACAGUUCAUUGAAUAGCCACUUAAGGAUGGGGUACUAAGAUUAAGCGAAACAAAAACGCAACUAAUCCACGUUAUCGACGGCUGCACGUACUUAUUAAUGACUACGGUAUGUUUUUUCAGUAGCGAAUCAUUUUCCAUUGACUGGUAACCGUGGAAUCGACGAAACUCGCGGCUCGUCGAGGAUUUUCGAGUACUGUAUACAUAUUGUAAAACGCAUAUGCUCUCUGUACACACGUUCGUCGGUCUCUUGCCGGCUUCUUUAGCCGCGAUACUCGAUCGUUUUAGAUUUUUGAUAUUAUUCCAAGGAGAUUCAGACGUUUUCCUGACGAUACGGAGGAAGCCUCGAUUGAAAGUCCAUUUUGUAUUUCGAUUUCAAUGUGUCCCCGAUCAUCCAUCGGUCUGUGCUAUACCGAUUAAUCAUAUAUUUACACGAACAUAAAUACAAGAACACAGAAACGAGCAUUUUAUUGUCUUGAAGCAUUUAACACGUGCGUUACUUUGUUCAUCGAUUAUUCAAAGUAACACACCUAUGUUAGCUGGUAUGAACAGAGCUGAACAUUUUCAUGCAUCUGACAUACAUGAACACAUACACCACGCGUACACACAGAUUUUGUACAUAUUUUUAAUAAUGUAUAAUAACUAUAAUUCUAAAUUACGAGUACCAGAGUAUCCAACAGCACAGUUGCAUAAUGCGCGUGAUCGUAUUAUAUCGUGUAUGCCAAAAGAAGAGAACAAGAAGAAGAAGAGGUAAAGAGAGAAGACGUAUUCUGUUAAAGAAAAAAAGAAUUUUUGUAGUAACUCGGGACUUCCUCCCAAGGUCUUCGGACUCGAAUUUUUUGUUCGAUCAUUCAUUUUCCUCGCGGUUUCUCGAUGUCGUCUCGUUUUAGAAACCUGUUGCAAGCAACGUGGAGGUGGUUUUACGUCGCGGGGGUGUGAAGUAAACUAAAUAAGAAAAAAGAAGAGAAAGAUUAGAGUUUCGCGACGGACACUUUAAUUCUAACUAGUCGCACGAAUAGAAAUCGGAACUUCCGGAUCGGUUUCUAGGUGCCGAUGCAGACGAGCGUCUUUUAUCGGCGCGAUAUCGUUACAAUCAUACGUCUUUCUUCGUUUUCCCAAUUAACAGUAACCAAGCGGACGUAGGAUCGCAGUGACAUCGCGCGAACAAACGUCGCUCGUUUGUAUCGGGCUUUACUCGUGCGGCACUUGACGCUAUCGCUAUAAAAAAAAAAAAAAAAAAAAACAAAAAUUACAAAAAGAAAAGCGUACAGAAACACAGAGAAAACUCACAGAGAUAAAAAUUAUUUUCUAAAGAAUGAAAAAAAAAGUGUGAAGUAAGAGAAAAGGAGAGAAAGUGAUCGAGAGAAAGUGAGAGAGCGAAAGUAUGAUAAAUUUAAAAAAAACAUAAAAAAAAUAUUUAACGGAAAGGGAUUAAAUGUCAACGACUUUGCUUGCGCAAGAAUCGCGCGAGGAAUAAAAGAACGGAACAAAAAAGAAAGAAGAAGAAAAAAGAUUUAAAAGAAAAAUAAAAAAGCUAAAGAGUUAGACGAAUAUAAUUCCCUUUUUUCUUCCGCGCGUUACGCGCGAUCUCGUGCUCGUAAAUUUUUUCUAUGGAACUGCGGGUGUUUUAAGACGAGAUCGAACAAACUAAACAAAUUGAAAAAAAAAAAUAGAAAAAUACAAAAGAUCUACAACAGAUACAACAGUAUAAGGAAAUUAAAAAAAAAAAAAGGAGAAAAUGAGAGAUUAAACAAUGUCUAAAGUACUGCGCGCCUGAUUUUACCGUUGCAUAGCGUACGAGAAAUUCUCACUUAGGUAUUUGUAAGUACCGUUUAAGGGGGUGGGGGGGGCAGUCUGCAGAUAAUUAUACGCCAUUAGUUGCAUUUCGAUCGAUAAUAUAUUUAAUUAGUUGGCAGUUAUCCGUGGCUAGCAAUCUGUCUUUCUUUCGUCGACUCACGAAGGAUUCGUUUGAUCUCGAGAAACCGUGACACACCAUUUUCUUCGUUCAGAAGUUAAGGAUUAUUCUAGCGUAAAUCGUUAGCGGAUAGAGACGCGCUCUUUUUCGAACGCUUCACUUUACAUUUCCCCUCGAAGGCUCCAAGGGUUUUUAAUGACUCAACACAUACACACAGAUAUUUACGCAUACACGCAUAAACAUAUACACAGUCAUGUACAUACAAACGCAUAUGUAUACUUAUGUGAGCUAUUCCCAGAAGACCAUGAUCAUUUUAGACGUACGAGCCCUAUCUCUUGUUUCGAUUACUUUCUUAUUCUCUCGCUACGUAUAUUUAAGGACGCCGAUGUUGUAGCCGAUUAACGAUAGCUGAUAAAUUACGAGUAUGUACUUUUACGAGACAAAGGCUGUUGUUACAUUUAUUGUUUAAAACUCGACGAUCGUUCGUAGCUGCACACGAAUAUGAUAUAGUAUUUAUAUAGCGAGCAGGAUCCUUUCCCGAUCGAGCUUUCUCGAGAUCACACGCGAAUCUGAUUCGCGUGGUCGCCUUUAGAACGAAGCGUAUAGAUACGUGACGUCGAGAAGGGUCACGAUGCGUUUUUCAUCGGAUACCAGAGCAUCGUAUACACGAAGGUGUUCCUUUUUGCGUUUGAAAUUCCACGUGGAUCGUCAUUCUAGACGAUUGUUUUCGCGAGAUGAAAAAAGGCGAAGGAAACGAUGCGACGCGAUCAGUUCGCCGAAUAGGAUAAGUUCGAAAGAAAAGAAGGGAAUAAGAAGAGAGGAAGGAGAAAGUAGAAAAGGGACAAAAGAAGGGAAACAGGAAGGAGCCACGCCACUUAUAUUAAACGUACUAUAAUAACGCGCUGCAUAGCGAUUCGUUUCUUCUCGAAGUACACACGUAUACAUAUACAUAUAUAGGUUCUUUCCUUCGUAGUGCAUACAGUAAUUAAUUCCGACGUAUUCAUUGCGUACUGUAUAAAUGUAUACAUAGCGUAAUGUAUUAAUUGCGUAAUUAUCAUUCGGAUGGCGGCGAUUUCAGCGGUUUCCGUGCGCAGGGGAGCCGCUAAACGCCCGUUACAAAGUGAUUCAUAACACGUUAUUUCAAUAAGAAGAAAAGACUCGGGCACGUUAAAAUGCUAUACAAUGUAAAACAAAGAAAAUAAAAAAAAGAAGAAUAAUAUUGUAUCUGUGCUGCCAUUAGCGUUAAAAAGGAGAAAGAAAAAAACAAAUUAAAAGGACAGACAAAGCCAAAAUAUUAUAGUUAAUGAAAAACACGCGGGUAUUACAUACAUAUAAAUACGAUACACCCAGACACGUACACACAUACACAUGUUCCACAUGAUGGAUCAUGCAUGAAGGUGAGAAAACACAUACAUAUGAUGACAUAUGAAGACCGAUAUGUUGUGUAUGCAACAUACGUUUAUCUAUAUUUAUAUAUAUAGAUAUUAUACGUACGUUUCAUGCAAAAUAUGAGUCUUCACGUAUACAACACGUACAUUACAUACCCAGCGAUGUAAUUAAUAAGUACUUUAAUCCCGACAAAAAAGAUUCGUUUCGCGGUAUGAGAAUGAUUUUAGGAGCCUUCGUGUUGAAUAAUUAGCAGUCUCAUUCUAUGUAUCGUAUAAUCGAGAGAUCGAGUGACCGUGAUCAGUACGUAUAUAGCGAUAAAAUCAUUAAAUGACAAAAAAAAAAUGCAAAAUGAUGAUGAACCUGUUAAAAAAGAAUUACGGUUCGUAGUGUGUACUGUAUUCGAAUGUGAUCGAUUUGUUACUUAUGUCCCCGAUUAUUGUUACGUUGUGCUUUUUAUUAUUGCUGCUGUAUUUAUUAUUAUUAUUAUUAUUAUUAUUAUUAUUAUUAUUAUUAUUAUCAUCAUCAUCAUGUUUAUUAUAUCUCCGAGAAGUAUUAUCAUCAUUGUGAAUAUUAUUAUCUCUAUGACUGCGAUCAUUAUUAUUGAAUAUUAUUUAUUACUAUUGCUAUUUAUUAUCAUUAUUAUUACUACUACUAUUAAGCGAGCAAGAUCGACCGCUCAUUUUUUUUUUCUAGUCGAAUUUCUCUAGUUCCAAUUAGAGUACUGUCGAUACUUAGUCUCCCCCGUCCCCGAUGUAUUUGAUUUUUUGUCAAAUAAUCCCAAAAUGAUACCACGCGUUGCAGGACACAUAGUUCUUGCGUAAUAGAGUGAUGCAUUACCUGUGCAACAAAUGCAGUAUACAACCCGUAAAUAUGAGGUCAAUGUUGAUUUGUUUAAAUAAAUGUAAGUUUGAAAACUCAUCACGGAUGUAAUCAUUUUUGCAAUCACUCUCCCUACGAUUCUUUUGCCGAUCGAAAUGUAAUUAGAUAAAGUGAAAUCUAUUUUAUCGGCAUAUACAUAAAGUGCAUGUGCGGUACAUUUGAACUUCAUACUUGUGAUAUGUACACAUAACAUAUGUGGUUUACACAGUGCGCUUCUUGCUUAUCAGAGUACGAUGAAGAUAACGAACAUGUCACGUUCCCAGAUUAGUAUUUGAAGAAUACUAUGAAGUAAAGAUAACUUUCAAAAUGGAAUUGUUGCCUAUUGUACUUUUUAUAUAUAAACGUAUAAAUAUAAAGUAUGGCGACGUGUCAAAAUGGCCGAUCUCAACAAAGAACUAAACGAAUAUCUUCUUAGCAGUAAAAAUGAGAAACAAUUCAAAAUUACUGUACCUUCGGUGACGAUACCGAAAGCGAAUAUUGGAAAAUGGUUCGGUAGAAGCGAAGAUGAUAAACAAGAAGCGGGAUGGAUUCAAGGAACACAAAAGGAAUGUUGUCCUAGCAUGACAAGAGUACAAAGGCUAGUAGCAUUUGUUGCAUGCUUUUCUAUGGGUGUACUUUGUUUCUGUUUGUCGGCGAUUUAUAUCCCAGUUUUGCUCCUUAAAGCAAGAAAAUUUGCACUUCUGUAUACAUUAGGAAGUGCUUUCUUCCUCUCAAGCUUUUGCUUCCUUUUUGGUCCGUUAAGUUACCUAAAGUCGUUAUUCAGCGCUGAAAGAAGGUGUUUCAGUAUGUCCUACUUUGUAACUUUAGUAGGGACACUUUAUUGCGCUCUGCAUUUACAAUCUACUCCACUAACAGUACUCUGUGCUGUUUUGCAAUUAAUAGCUAUGUUAUCAUUCUUGAUAAGUCAUAUACCAGGAGGAACUAAAGGCCUAAUGUUUUUUACGAGAAUGUUCAAGUCUUCUGUAAAUUCUACAUUGCCUGUAUGAUACUACAAUUACUUAGGCGUUAAAUAUAUACAUGUGAAAUCAAUA